GCUGCAGCGUCGACUCCUGCAGACGGAGGCAGGAUUCAGUGGAAAAUGGCGGACGGUGUGGAUCAUAUCGACAUCUACGCCGACGUCGAGGAGGAAUUCAACCAGGAAGCGGAGUACACAGUUCACGAGCAGAUCGACUUGUAUGAUGAUGUAAUAUCCCCAUCGGCCAAUAAUGGAGAUGCUCCAGAAGACCGCGACUACCUGGAUGCUCUCCCUGCACCAGGCGGCUCCGAGUCAGGGAAGAGUGCCCCACCCAAUGUGGUAUACACCUAUACAGGCAAAAGGAUUGCCUUAUACAUAGGCAACCUUAGAUGGUGGACAACAGAUGAAGACCUGACAGAAGCCAUUCGAUCAAUAGGCAUUACAGAUGUUCUAGAAAUCAAGUUCUUUGAAAACAGGGCCAAUGGCCAGUCAAAAGGGUUUGCUCUUGUAUGUGUUGGCUCUGAGGCGUCAUCAAGAAAGCUGAUGGAACUGUUGUCAAAGAGAGAGCUUCAUGGUCAAAAUCCUAUCGUUACACCAUGUAAUAAACAGUCCCUCAGCCAAUUUGAGAUGCAGUCACGUAAAAGUAAGGGGGGUGCGCAGACAGGUCAAAUGUCAGGUGAAGGUAAAGCUGGUCCCCCUGGUAUGGGCCCCCGUGGGGGUUUCCCCAUGGGGAGCCGCGGCAGAGGCAGAUUCCCAGGUGCACCCGGCCCUGGAGGAGACCGGUUCCCCGGUCCCGUGGGCCCCGGCGGCCCACCACCACACUUCCCUGGACCGGGGAUGGGACCAGAUCUGGUUAGGCACCAAGAUGGCCCUCUGAUGGAUAUGAAUUUCAGUCCCUUCCCGCCGGGGGGCAGGAACGGGAGCUGGCAUAGCAGAGGAGGUAUCCAGGGACUUCCACGGCCUCCUCCUGGUCCACCGGGCCCUCCCGGCCCUCCAGGGCCACCUCCUCCUGGCCAGGGCCUCCCCCCUCCUCUGUCAGGUCCUCCAAAUCGCGGCGACAGACCUCCACCUCCUGUUCUUUUCCCCGGGCAGUUUGGCCAGCCACCGAUUGGGCCUCUUCCGCCGGGCCCGCCUCCUCCAGGCUACGGCCCUCCACCGGGUCCCCCACCGCCUCAGCAGGGCCCCCCUCCUCCGGGGCCCUUCCCUCCUCGUCCUCCAGGCCCUAUUGGGCCCCCAAUGGCUUUGGCUCCACCUCCACACAUGCCGGGGCCCCCACCAGGUGGCCCACCACCAGCUCCUCAUGUGAACCCUGCCUUUUUCCCUCCACCUGGCAACAACAGUAUGCCCCCAAACGACAGCCGAGGCCCCCCGGGACCCAACGAUCCGUACGGACGCCCGCCACCAUAUGAGAGAGGAGACUACGGCCCUGGAGGCCGAGAGAUGGACUCAUCACGGGCUCCUCUGAGUGAGGCAGAGUUUGAGGAGAUCAUGAACAGAAACAGAGCCAUCUCUUCAAGCGCUAUAUCUAGAGCUGUAUCUGAUGCCAGUGCAGCUGAUUAUGGCAGUGCAAUAGAGACUUUGGUGACAGCUAUCAGUCUGAUUAAGCAGUCCAAAGUCUCAGCAGACGACCGCUGUAAGGUCCUCAUCAGUUCUCUGCAGGACUGUCUCCAUGGCAUUGAGUCAAAGAGCUACGGCUCCGCAUCAAGGCGAGAACGUUCCAGGGAACGUGACCACAGCCGCUCUCGGGAAAAGAGCAGGCGACACAAGUCCCGCAGCCGUGACAGGCACGAAGAUUAUUACAGAGAGCGCAGCCGGGAGCGUGAUCGCCAUCGCGAGAGGGACCGGGACCGAGAUCGGGAAAGAGAGAGGGAGAGGGAGUAUCGCCACCGCUAACUUGAGAGAGCUAACGAGGAUCAAGGAUGGAAGGAAGGAAAAGGAGGAACAUUUUGAGUGCACCAUCCCCCGCUCACCCCGCAUGACCGAACAGGACUUCAGCCACCAUCUCUUCCUCCACCCCCUCCAUUUCUUUUCUCUCUUCUCCACCCAUCCCUCUCUCUAUCUGUUGUCUGCCUGACUAAGAGCAGUGGAUGGAGGACCCUGAAUUGUGUAAGGCUUUGUUAUUCAAACAUCUAUACUUAUGGUAACUAAAGGUGAUCGGAGGAAAGAAAAAAGACAAAAAAAACUUUCCUGACAUCUUUUAUUUUGUUUUAUUUGACAGAGUAUAUGUGGUUCUUUUUUUGAAAAAAAAUAUCAAAAAUAAAAAAAAAUAAAACUGGUCAUGCUAUUUCCAGAUAGACUACAAUAUUACAUUCUACCAUUUCCCCUUUUAUUUUCAUUUUUUCUUUGACUUGCUGUACUGUGUACGUUCAGUUUAGAGAAGCUUUUAUAGGGUACAUGUUGAUGUUUUCUCCUACUCUCACUCAAUGCCAUUUAUUCUUUUCAUGUUUAGUAUGUUUGUAAAUGUUUCUGCUUUUUGAUUAAAAACUAGAUGGUGUAAUAAACUGUUUACUAAGGUAUACUGCAUUUGGCGAAUUCCUCUACAUAGUUCAUUUAUAUUAAAUGUGUAUUUUGGACUGGAAAAUGUUUUUCACACUGAAUUUGUCUACUUUUUAGAUACUUUUUAGCUCAACAAGCAAGUGGCUGUUUGUUUUUGUUGUUUUUGUUUUCAUCAAAUGGAUAGAAAUUUCACAAGGUAAGCCAAAUUGAUAGAUCUUUUUUUUUUAUGUGCUCUGAUGUGUAGUUGGGAGCGUAAACCUUAAAGUUAAAUUACUAUGACUGUUUUGGCUCACACCGUAAACCAAAAACAUUAUGCUGCCAUUCACCCAGUGGCAUUUAAUUCGAAUUGCAUCACCUCUGGUGAUGAUUAUAACCGUCCCAUAUUAUGCAAUUCUGCUUUCUACUUUCUAAUCUAAACACCACUGCAGAGGGAGCCUAAAUCCUGUAAUUUAUGUGCUCCAGGCACCCUGUGUGGCCUCCCCCUGCUCCACCCUUACUCUGCUUUUAUUGGUUACUUUCCUAAACAA